CCGAGCAGAAGCGACCUGAGCCGAGCGGAGCCGAGCGGUAUCACGGAAACUACUGCGGAGACGAGGAGUAAACAUCCCUGCCGACUGCGAUCCGCUCCCUCCGCCUGAGACCGACAGCCCGCCGGCGGAGCUCCACUGACGGCCGCCAUGUCUGAGACCUACGACUUCCUCUUCAAGUUCCUGGUGAUUGGCAGCGCCGGUGCAGGGAAGUCCUGCCUCCUCCACCAGUUUAUAGAGAGCAAGUUCAAGCAGGACUCCAACCACACCAUCGGGGUGGAGUUCGGCUCGCGGGUUGUGAACGUUGCCGGGAAGACGGUCAAACUGCAGAUCUGGGACACGGCCGGCCAGGAGCGCUUCAGGUCGGUGACGCGCAGUUACUACCGAGGGGCGGCUGGCGCCCUACUGGUCUACGACAUCACCAGCCGGGAGACGUACAACGCGCUGACCAACUGGCUGACGGACGCCCGCACGCUGGCCAGCCCCAACAUCAUCAUCAUUCUGUGUGGCAACAAGAAGGACCUGGACGCCGACCGUGAGGUCACCUUCCUGGAGGCCUCCCGCUUCGCCCAGGAGAACGAGCUCAUGUUCCUGGAAACCAGCGCUCUGACCGGGGAGAACGUAGAGGAGGGCUUCCUGAAGUGUGCCCGCACCAUCCUCAACAAGAUAGACUCAGGUGAGCUGGACCCAGAGCGAAUGGGCUCCGGGAUCCAGUACGGCGACGCCUCCCUGAGGCAGCUCCGCCAGCCCCGGGGGGCGGGGCCCGCACAGAUCAAGCAGCAAUGUAACUGCUAGGGGGGGGGCCCUCCGGGGCCCGGGGCCGGUGAGCAGGAGCCCCCCGGUGGGGCGGUGACCUCUGCCCUGUGACCUCUGCCCCCGGCCCGGGCGGGGAACUCCUGACUGAACAUGCAAGGCUGGUGAAGAACCUCCGGAGAAGAUCCAUGGACCUCCUCCUCCUCUCCUUCAGACCUCCUCCUCCUCCUCCUCCUCCUCCUCCUCCUCCUCCUCCUCCCAGACCACCUCCUCCUCCUCCUCCUCCUCCUCCUCCUCCUCCUCCUCCUCCUCCUCCUCCUCCUCUUCCUCCUCCUCUCCUCCCAGACCUCCUCCUCCUCCUCCUCCCUCUUCCUCCUCCUCCCCCCUCCUCCUCCUCCUCCAGGGGUCCCAGGUCCUCCUACGAACCCGUUUUAUGUCUCCUCUGGAUCUCUUUCUUUGGUUGUUUUAUUAACACUCCCGGUGUUGUAGUGUUUGACCCAAACUGAAGAUGUUGUAUUUAUUAUUCAGUCGGUCAGCGAGGACGUGGUGUCCGCCCCCCGGGGGGUAAAGAUCAGACUGCGUGUUGAACCCCUGUUUGCACUAGAGGUCCCAAUCAGGAGCGGCGGGGGUGGGGGGGGGGUAUUGUGAGCGCCCCUCCCGGUCAUGCUUCUUAAAUCAUUAUUCAUCCGACAUCUUCAGGGUUUAGGUCCAGUGACUUAAAAAACCCCAAAAAUAACGAUUUAUUUUAAAAUAAUGAAUGAUUGUCUUUUAUUUUUAUCAAGUUGGGGCUGCAUUUUUUUUUUUUGUCAAAUUAGGACUCCAGUCUUAUCGACGAUCACCCUGUCAAACCAAGUGCUCCACACACGAGGUGUGUGUGCUCCAGAGUCCGGCACUAUAACCCUAAUGUAGACGGCCUUAGUAAUCUCAUUUACAAAGUGUACUUUCUCCAGUCGGCCUCCAAAGGUCCACCCAUAAAGGAAUAUAAACGCCCCGGCACCACGUAGGCCCGCCGGCUUAUCAAGAGCACAAAGUCCUUUACCCCUGUGUUUAGAGGACAACAACUCCCAUGAUCCUUUGCUUUGUGCUUGCUCCGUUGUUUAGGUUCCCUGUGCUUUGGCCCACAGCUCAGGUCAUAAGUCUGUGAACACAGACGUGUCCCACUGCCCCACCCUGCCUCCGUGUUCAUGUCUUCAUCCUGCCUCUGUUCAUGUCUUCACCCUGCCUCCGUGUUCAUGUCUUCAUCCUGCCUCUGUUCAUGUCUUCACCCUGCCUCCGUGUUCAUGUCUUCACCCUGCCUCCGUGUUCAUGUCUUCACCCUGCCUCUGUGUUCAUGUCUUCAUCCUGCGUCUUUUCAUGUCUUCAUCCUGCCUCCGUGUUCAUGUCUUCAUCCUGCCUCUGUUCAUGUCUUCAUCCUGCCUCCGUGUUCAUGUCUUCAUCCUGCCUCUGUUGUUAUGUUAUCUUCCUGCUGCCCCUGCAUAUUUUUACCGGUUUUAUGGAGUGUUUUCAUGGAAGGCCAGGAGGAGCCUGGCUUGUUUGGCCCCGAUGCCGCGCGCAGGGAGCCCUCCACCCCCAUUCGGAGGUCACCCCAGGUUGCCAGGGUCACGCAGAGGUCACCGUCUCCUCCCUCUGGUGUUUGGCUGGAGGCAGCAGCAGCUCUCUCUCGGAGUGCGGUCGGUUGUUCCAGAGCAGGCCCAGAUGUUCCCAGAUGUUCCCUCCCUGGAAGCGGCCCUGGGUCACUCCAGAGAGAAGGAGGGGACUUCCUCUGCGCUACGAGUUCCUCUGGGCCUCCAGCGCAGGGAGAAGAAGGGUUCAGCCUCACAUGGAGAUCUCCCCGGGCGCCCUGUCACUGUUGGUUUAGUGACCAGGCAGAUGAUCAGACCAGUACAGUGGAGGUCAGACCAGUACAGUGGAGGUCAGACCAGUACAGUGGAGGUCAGACCAGUACAGUGGAGUUCAGACCAGUACAGUGGAGUUCAGACCCAGUACAGUGGAGGUCAGACCAGUACAGUGGAGUUCAGACCAGUACAGUGGAGUUCAGACCCAGUACAGUGGAGGUCAGACCCAGUACAGUGGAGGUCAGACCAGUACAGUGGAGGUCAGACCCAGUACAGUGGCGGGACGACCAGUACAGUGGAGGUCAGACCAGUACAGUGGAGUUCAGACCAGUACAGUGGAGUUCAGACCCAGUACAGUGGAGGUCAGACCCAGUACAGUGGCGGGACGACCAGUACAGUGGAGGUCAGACCCAGUACAGUGGAGGUCAGACCCAGUACAGUGGCGGGACGACCAGUACAGUGGAGGUCAGACCAGUACAGUGGAGUUCAGACCAGUACAGUGGAGUUCAGACCCAGUACAGUGGAGGUCAGACCAGUACAGUGGAGUUCAGACCAGUACAGUGGAGUUCAGACCAGUACAGUGGAGUUCAGACCCAGUACAGUGGAGGUCAGACCCAGUACAGUGGCGGGACGACCAGUACAGUGGAGGUCAGACCCAGGCCUGCAUCCUUCCCUCUAGAGGAGCUCUCUCCUGUACCCCAGACCUGUGGGGGCCCAGGGCCGACCCACUGGUUUGUAGGUAGUAGUAAUGCUGCUGCUGGUGCUGCUGGUGUGUGCGUGUAUGGAGGUGGGCGGGGAUGGGGUCACCAUGAGACAGACCCGUUAAACCAUUUUGUUGUGCAAAAAUGUUAAACGCUUUUGAUUUGUCUCCUUCUGCAAGUGCACUUUUUUUUAUUUUAGACUUUGGUUCUGUCAAUAUGCUGUACCUAUAGAAUUGUAUAUUUUAUUUGAACUGUAAUAAAGGUGUUUGAUUGUA